AUGGUAGCAGAUACCAAGCUCUAUGAUCGCCUCGGCGUUUCAGCGACGGCCUCGCAAGAUGAGAUCAAGAAAGCGUACCGGAAGAAUGCACUGAAGAACCACCCAGACAAGAACCCAGCGGGCGAGCAGAAAUUCAAGGAAGCGAGUGAAGCGUACGAGAUCCUGUCCGACCCGGAAAAGCGAAAGAAUUACGACAAUUAUGGCUACGACUUCAUCACCGGCAAGGCAGGGCCUCCGCCGUCUGCGGAAGACAUGGGAGGCAAUCCGUUCGCGGGAGCAGGAGGCAUGCCUGGUGGCUUUGCCGGGUUUGGCGGACCAGGCGGUGGAGCAGGACGUGGUGCCAGGACAGCUUCUGGGUUUGGGCGAAGGAGAGAACCGGAGAUGGAGACCACGGUGGUUGAGAAGCCGUUACCCGUAUCGCUGGAAGAGUUGUUCAAUGGCACGACGAAGAAGCUGAAGGUCCAGCGAAAGACGUUCGAUCCGCAGACGGGCAAGCAGAACGUCGAAGAGAAGAUUCUAAGCGUACCAAUCAAGAAGGGUCUGAAGGCUGGCAGUAAGAUCAAAUACCCAGACAUGGGUGACCAAGUGGAAGGCGGUACACAAGACCUACAUUUCAUUGUAAAGGAGAAGGAGAACCCUCUCUUUAAGCGAGAUGGUGACGACCUACGGCAUACGGUCGAGAUCGACCUGAAGGAGGCAUUGACCGGCUGGAAACGAACCGUACAGACGAUCGAUGGGAAACAAGUCAAUGUCAGCAGCGCAGGUCCAACGCAACCAACCUUCGAAGAGCGCUUUCCGCAGUUAGGCAUGCCGAAAAGUAAGACGCCUACGCAGAGAGGCGACUUAAUCGUGGGAGUCAAAAUCAAAUUCCCGACCACUCUUACGGCGCAGCAGAAGCAGAAGCUGAAGGAUAUAUUAUGA